CAAUCCGGAUGUUAGAAAUAAAACUUGUCUUUCUCAAUGAUAUAGGUUACAAGUUUCUAUUAUUUUUUAAUUGAAAUAUUAUUUAAUUAUUUCAUAAUUUGUUUGAUUUCUUUCUCAAAAUAAUUUACAUUAAGCUUAACUUAGUUCGACUUCGACCAGGCAAAUAGUUUCGUACCGUGAUAUAAUUAUCGGCAGGAAUAUAUCAUCAUGUUUUUCUGAGUUGGUCUAAAAUCUGAUUUUCCACGUAAAAUGAAAAUACAAAAUAUAGUAUCAAUAAACAAAAUUCUUUGAAUCCUCUUCGCAUAAAAAAGCUCCACUUGUUUCUCUCUGCAAAUCCGCCACUACUCUCAUUGCAUGCUAAUGAUCUGCAUCUUCAAUGGAUCCUCCUCCCUCCGAUUCAACUCUCCCUCUCCACUCUGACGAUGACCAGCGAGUCUACUUGGUUCCUUACAGGUGGUGGAAAGAUGCUCAAGAAUCAACAUUUGAUUCAGAUGGGAAGAGAGGGAUUUUGUACACAGCAACACCGGGGCCAUCCUAUGCAGGUCCAAUGAAGAUCAUUAACAACAUUUUUAAUUCCGACCUUCUUUUCAAUCUGAGGAGAGAAGAAGAUUCUUCGCAAAAUGGCGAAAAUGGUGAAGUGGGGGUCUCCGGACGGGACUAUGCAUUGGUCCCUGGGGAAAUGUGGUUGCAGGCACUCAAAUGGCAUAGUGAUGCUAAAGUUGCAACCAAGAAUGGAAAAAGCUUUUUGGCUGCACAAGAUGAUAUGGCAGAUGUCUAUCCUUUGCAACUUAGGCUUUCUGUUCUGCGGGAAACAAAUUUAUUGGGAGUAAAAAUUACCAAAAAGGACAAUGCGGUUGAGCUCUUCAGAAGUCAUGCAAGAUCUUCGUAUCGAGUCUGA